GUCCACCUGCACUUCGCUUCCUGUGCGUCUGUUGUGAAGUGAUCGACUGAACGAUGCUCUGCAGAUAUCUGCAGAUGAUGUAUUUGGUGUUUUGUACAAAUUUGUGAUUCCAAACGUAAAAAUGGAGGAGACGAAAGAGAGCUUGUCGUUUAAAGGUGUUGCCGAGAGACUCACACUUGGCAUUACUCGAUUACUUGAGAAUAUGCCUGGUGUCGUCGAUGUGCGUUUCGCAGAGAGGGAGCCUGCAGAGAAGAGGAGCCUGCUGUCAUGGGAACAGAAAAACACAUGCAUUUUGCCAGAGGAUCUGCGAGAUUUCUAUCUGACAACUGAUGGAUUUACACUAACCUGGAGCGUUAAACUAGAUAAUGAGUGCGUUCCUUUAGGAUGUAUGAUGGUUAACAGUGUCGCCAGGCUGUGCCCACUCCUCCAACCAGUGUCAUUUUUCUCCCUUCCCAAUGCACCCUCACUGGCUGACCUGGACUGGGAGGAGAGCAGCACAGAAAGAGGUUUGGAGCAUGCGCCCGCUGCACCUCAUUUUGAUUCUCGGAGCCGCAUCUUCGAGCUGGAUUCCUGUGGAGGGACUGGCAAAGUGUGCCUGGUCUACAAAAACUGCACUCCAGGUGUGGUGGCCCAGCAGAGUGAAAUCUGGUUCCUAGACCGCUCACUGUGCUGGCAUUUUCUGACAGCAACCUUUACCUCCUACUACCGACUGAUGAUAACCCACUUGGGUCUGCCUGAGUGGCAGUAUGCCUUCACCCCAUAUGGUCCAAGUCCCCAGGCCAAGCAGUGGGCAUCCCUCUACCAGCCGCUGACCUUCAGCUGUGAACUCAGCCUUGGAGAUCCUGCUGGAGAUUCCUAUGUCAACAAGCUGGAUCCCACAAAGGCCUUCAAAGGCAAAUCAAAGGCACCAGCCCCCAAGAAGAAGCAGUCAACACAGUGUGGCUCAGGGGGUACGGCCAAGGGCCAAGGCAACACAGGAAGACACAGCGGAACGAAGCGGUGAGAAGGUUCAAAUCGAAGAAAGACAUUUCAGUCAGCCUCGUUGUUAUUUGUACGAUCAACAUGGCUUCAAAGAGCAGCCUGCAAUUCCUUCAUUGACUGGAAUCAGUGUGUUAGAAGCUCUAUACAAUGCGAGAGCAUGUUGUCCAAAAACUAAACUGCAUGUCUAAAGAGAUGCUUAACAAGGGGUUUUGCUGGCUCAACACAUGGCUAAGGUGGUAUUUAUCUGAUAGAGGGAAUGUUGAGCAUGAUGGACAAAUUAGUCUUUCAAUCACCAGCUAAUUGCAUCAGCACCAAAUACAGUACUCACUAAUUUAUUUCGUGUUCACUGGUAACAGUACGUGGUAAAAAGUAAUUUUAAGCAGUCAUUUCAAGAAAUAUAGUCAUGUGCUGCUGUCAUAGAACAUAUAAUACUGACGUGUCAAAUUGUACCACUGUUGCUAUCAAGGACACUGUCUAUUCAUAACUGCAGUUAUCACUGCACUUUAUUUAUUGCUCAUUUUCUGUUGCAUUAUACAACAAUAAUAUAUAUAUAUACAUAAAAUGUGGAAAAUUCCUAAGAAAGUUUGUAAAUUACUCAGCAACACGUUUCUUUACGUUAAAGCGUUAGUAAUUGAAAGUAAUACUGUAGGUUCAGCCUGUACAGCUGAAAGGUAGUGGCGACAUUUUGAAACUGGAAAUGAAGUCAUAAUGUGAUUCUACAAAUAGAAACUGAUCAUAUGACUCACUAAAAUUGUUCAGGCUGCAAUACCAAACGUCAGUUUGAACAGCUGUAUGAACUCUGAGCUUCGGUAUUGAACCUUACAUCGCUGAAGUGUGUGUGCAGACUUUAGCAUGAAAUGUUACAAUGUCAAGGACUGGCAAUAAACCAUGAAGUUAGGCUUUAGUAAUCAGUGUUAUCACUGGCCAUUGAUUCUCUGAUGUUAACUUUACAAAGAUGAAAAGCUGCAUUGGAGUUUAGGAACACUGCCCUGUAUAAUGAUAACAACAGCCACUCUGAUUUUUCCAUAUUUAUGAACUAAUAUGAGAAAGUUAUAGCCAGCUUUUUUGAUUUAUCUUCAUCCAUUUACGGCUCUUGAUGCCAGAAAAAUAACGGUCAACAGACCCAAUACAACACGUAGGACUAAGUAUUCUGGAGAAGACACAUAUACACUUUUUGUCUUUUGGCUGCUGUGCACUGGCUUGGUGGAAGAACAAAUAUGUGCAUUAUCUUUAACUGAGCUGUUGCCCUUUCAAGCUGUGAGAAGCCAGCUCCUAUUGUUUCUAUUUAACUUACACAUAGAUACAUGUUUGUUUGUUUUUAAUGCAAUGUAUUAACACUGUUUUCUUCUCUUUACAUACUCUGAGGUUUCUACGACCAUAUAAGUGGUCCCUUGUUGAUUGUUAUAAUGAAUGAUAUUCAUGGUGUCCUCCAAGGUCGCAUCAGUUGCUAUUGCCUCAAUAUUAAAAACACAAAAUAUAAGCUA